CAAACGUUUAAGGAAGUCAAGGGUCCAAGUAUUAUAGAAUGAACCUCAAAUUAUUCUAAUUAGAAACACUCCAAAUUUGAGUAUGCUGAAUCUAGUUGAAGUUUCUUAAUGUAUUCUCUAAUUUCAAAGUGGAUAAAAGAUAUGAAUAGUAUAAAAAUUUUGAUAGAGUGCUCUUGUACUUGGAGAUCGGGAAGAGAAAUAUUCUUAUUAGCUGAUAUGGUUAAGGUGUUAUUUUGUUAAUAUGAGUUUUGAAAUCUGUUAAGCCUUCCUAACCUCUCUGUAACUAGUGGGUUAUUUCUAUAAUUACUUAUUACUUGUAUUGCGCUUAUUAAUAAAUGAAAUUAAUCACCCUUUCAUAUUAUUAGUGACAGAUUUCAUAUGUGUGAUUGUAACUUACAUAGUAAUUUUUUUAUGGGCCGUAGUUUUCCUUCACGUAAAUUCUUGCGUCCCUUAGUUUUGUUUUUUUAGUUUCUCUGUUAUUUUUUGGCUUAUUCUUGGGAUAGAAGUGGAAGUUUUCCCAAUACUCUGUACUCCAACUGCUACUUGUUUUGUUUCUUUUUUUCACUUUUGGAAGAUUCCUAAUCACUUUGCCAUGCUCCCGAGGAAGGAAGGAAGAAAGAAAGAAAGAAAUUAAGAAAGUAAAAGUUCUGUUGCUAAUGUUCAACAAAGCAGCUCUUUCUUCUUACAACUUUCCAUGUGCCAAUGUUAUAACUCUUUUCCAGAUUAUGUGUUCAUGCACACUUCUAUAUGCAUUGCACCGUUGGAAGAUGAUCUCUUUCAUAGUGGGAGGGGAAUCUCAAAGCAUCGGUGCUGGAAGAUCAAUAAUCCUUGUACCUUAUAAGACUUUGGUUAAAACACUUCCCCUCGCCAUAUCAUAUUUGCUUUACAUGGUUGUGACUAUGGAAUCUGUUCGCGGGAUCAAUGUUCCAAUGUAUACAACAUUGAGGAGAACUACUGUAGCAUUUACAAUGGUUGCUGAGUACUUGUUGACAGGCCAGACUCAUUCACCUUUUGUUGUUGCCAGUGUGGGGAUGAUUAUACUUGGCGCAGUGGUGGCUGGAUCCAGGGAUUUGUCAUUUGAUACCUACUCCUAUGUUGUGGUGUUCAUUGCAAAUAUAUGUACCGCUAUAUAUCUUGCCUCUAUUGCUCGUAUAGGGAAAUCCAGUGGUUUGAAUACCUUUGGUCUCAUGUGGUGCAAUGGGGUAAUAUGUGGGCCUCUUUUGCUAUUCUGGAUAACAAUCAGGGGAGACGUCGAGACAACAUUAAAUUUUCGUUACUUAUUUUCCUUUGGCUUCCAGUGUGUGAUGCUUCUCUCCUGUAUAAUGGCCUUCUUGAUCAAUUACUUUGUAUUUCUGAAUACAACUCUCAAUUCAGCACUGACACAAACAGUCUGCGGUAAUUUGAAGGAUGUUUUUAGCAUUGGAAUCGGCUGGUUUCUGUUCGGUGGACUCCCCUAUGAUUUCCUUAAUGUCGUUGGGCAGUCACUUGGCUUUAUGGGAUCUUGCUUAUAUGCCUAUUGUAAGCUCCAGGGGAAAUAAGAUAUCAAGAUGUGCCUUCUAUGCUUUGGAGUCAUCUCUUAUAUACAAAGAAAUUAGGUUAAUAUUGUGCUGACUUCUGCUUGCUUGUCAGCUGCCAAAUUUUGUUGCAAUCACUUCAAGUUGUUGGAUAUGUAGAACAUCCAAGUUUCAAGUGAAUCUCUCACCCUCUAUUUUUCACACACAUAGAAGUUUAAUUGACAUACGAGUGUGUUAGUGAUAACGAGAUCUGUAGUUUGAAUUUCUCUUUAUCCUAUUACUAAAAAAAUACCAAAUCAAAA